UACGGCCCCAUUGCGCCUGCGCCGGGCUCCCCAGGCCACGCCCCGGAAGUGCACGCCGGCAACAUGGCGGCUGCAGCGGGAUCGUUGUGGACCCUCUGCAGCCUGUGCCGGUUGCUUCUCUUCCUCUCCCAGCUCUACAUUUUGUCGGGUGGUGAGCACUCGCAGCCGCUGACCCAGGCAGUAAAGGAUCCGGGCCCAACACGCAUGUUCACGGUACUUCCCAGGGCUGCAGAAAGCACCGAAGUCCCACCUUAUGUGAUGAAGUGUCCAAGCAAUGGUUUGUGUAGCAGACUCCCUGCAGACUGUAUAGACUGUGCCACCAAUUUCUCUUGUGUCUAUGGGAAGCCUGUCACCUUUGAUUGUACAGUGAAGCCUUCUGUCACCUGUGUUGAUCAAGACCUCAAACCCCAAAAGAACUUUGUCAUCAACAUGACAUGCAGGUUUUGCUGGCAGCUUCCUGAAACAGAUUAUGAAUGCACCAAUUCCACCAGCUGCAUGACGGUGUCUUGUCCCCGGCAGCGGUACAGAGCCAACUGCACGGUGCGGGACCACAUUCAUUGCUUGGGUAACCGUACUUUUCACAAAAUGCUGUACUGCAACUGGACUGGAGGCUACAAGUGGUCGACUGCCCUGGCUCUAAGCCUGCCAUCUGCCUUGAAAAGCCUUUGACCGUGACUGCGGAGACAGGUUUUUAUUCUGUUAGGGUGAAAAGCGUUGCUGCUGGGAGGAGACCAGGAAAAAAGGUCUGGGGAGCAACCAGGGCAGGUUCUUCCAUGGAUAUGGAGGUUCCAUGGUGACCCAGCGGAAGAAGCAAAGCCCAAGAUGAAGUCCACAGCACCUGAAAUCCACUCUAACCUAAAGAAGGAAAGGUUGACUCAAGACAUUUAAAAAUCUCCCAAAAGAACGCCUCCUUCAGCAGUGUAUACGCUAAAUCUCUGUAAAGGAACUAGAGAACACGUACUCUGGUAAAGAUUUGCAUGAGCAGCUUCUCAGCUUCACUCCUGCCUGACUGUAGAACAUUGAACGGAACACUAAGUACAACUUCCAGAAUGCUGAGCGAGAGAAAAGAGAAAUACAUUUAUUUAUAUGGUAUCAUGAGAUUGUCCACAUCACACAAGAACGAAAUGGAAAGGAUUGGCAUAGUUUUCAACUAGAAUGACUGCAAUUGGACAGACGACAGCAAGUGGUGGUGAAAAUGUGGAGAAGUUAGAAGCUUCAGGUGGCUGGUGGGGAUGUGAAAUGACACAGCUGCCUUGAAAAGCAGCUCGGCAGUUCUUAAAAAUGCAAAAUAUAAAGUUGCCGUGUGAUUUCACAAUUCUACUUCUAGAUAUAUAUCUAAGAGAAGUGAUAUAUAUAUAUCCCUCAAAACUUGUUCAUAUCAGCACUGUUCCUAAUAGUAGAAAGUAAGGCAAGGCAGGAGGCAUCACAAUCCCUGACUUGACGUUAUAGUACAAAGCUACUGUGAUAAAAUCAGUUGGUACUGGAAGAAAAGCAGACCUGAAGAUCAAUGGAAUAGAUUAAAAGAUACAACUACAAACACAGUCAGCCACCUUUCUUUGAUAAAGGGGCCAAACACGUUCACUAGAAGAAAGACAGUUUCUUUAAUAAAUGGUGCUGGAAAAACUGGCUCUCCAUAUGCCAAAACCUAAAACUAGACCCAUGCCUAUUACCAUGUACUAAAAUAAAGUCAAAAUGGAUCAAAGAUCUAAAUAUUAAAACAGAAACACAUUCUUUUGGAAGACAAAGUAGAUAGAAAUCUUGGAAGACAUUGGGAUAGGUAGGGAAUCAUGAACAAAAAUCAAGCUGCACGGGAAAUACUUCCCAGAAUCAAUAACUGGGAUUUCAUCUUAUUAAAAAGUUUUUUGCAUGUUGAAAGAAAUCUCCAACAGAGAAAAAAGGAAACCCAUGAAUUUUGAAAAAAUCUUAGUCAACUGCCCCUCAGACAAAGGACUUCUGUCUAGAACAUAUAAAGAAUUAAAAAAAAAAUCAGACCCCCAAAAUUUAAAGACCCAUUCCAAACAUGGGUACGAGUUCACAGAUAAAGAAAUAAUGGCCAUUAAAUACAUGGAAAAAUGUUCAUCAUCAUUGGUCAUUAGAGAAAUGCAAAUUAAAGCCACACUGAUAUUCCAUCUCACUCCAGAAAGAAUGACCAGGAUCAACAAUACCAACAACAAAUGCUGGAGAGGCUGUGGGGAAAAGAACUCUUCUGCACAGUUGGAGUGUAGACUGGUGCAACCACUGUGGAGGUCAGUCUGGAGGUUCCUCAAAAAACUGGGAUUGGAAGUUCCAUUCGACCCAGCUAUUCCACUUCUAGGCAUAGUCCCAGAACUGAAAAUAUCAUACCACAGUGAUAUAUGUGCAGCACAAUUUGUAAUAGCCAGAUCUUGGAAACAACCUAAGUGUCCAUCAACUGAGGAAUGGAUAAAAAAGUUGUGGUAUUUUUAUACAAUGAAGUACUACUCAGCUAUAAAGAAUAAUCACAUUGAGAUAUUUAUAAGUAAAUGGAUGUGGCUGGUGAUUUAGCUCAGUGGAAUAAGUCCCUGCCUUGCAAGGAUGCAGUCCAGUUCAAUCCCCAGUACCAAAAAAAAAAAAAAAAAAAAAAAAAAAAAAAAAAAAAACAUGGAUGCAACUUGAGACCAUACUCAUAAGUGAAAUAAAUCAAACUCAGAUGUGUAAAUACCGUAUUGCCUCGCUGUGUAAGAAAUGGUAAGAGUACAUAAGAUACAAAAUCCUCAAUAAAUACAGUGAAAGGGUAAGAAUCUGCUCAAAGGGGAAAAGAAUAAUAUUGCAGGGAAAAGGAAGAAUAAGGAAAAGAAAGGGAAAAAAAUAGCUAAAUUUGUAUAAACACACUUAGGAUAGCUAACAUGAUUGUGCUAAAAAUUCUAUAAGUUCUUGGAACAAAACAGUUAACAUUCAUCAGAUUGAAACAAUUUUGCAUGUUUGUGUCUGGUGACCUGAGGAACUCUUGAAGAUCACUAUGUAAAAUAACCACCUUAGUUCUGUUCCUACCACCUUGCUUUGAAGGCCUAUAUUGUCACUGUUUUGAGCUCUUUGCUACUGUUAUUUGUCUUUUUUGUUUCUUGUUUUUAUAGUAAUCUGUUUUGUUUUGUUUCUCCCUCUAAUACAGAAAUACAUGUAGAGGUUUAUACAUACGUAGAACUUCUAAACAGUUUACGAGAAUUGAUUAUAUUAUGUGUGAUGAAAUGAACAGCUGCUUUGAAGAAGACGAGACACUAUGGUAUCCAUUGCUGAUUCUGUAUCAUGCUGUGAAAUCCAGUAAUGUUUCUAUUCUUUGUUCAGAGUGGUUUUAGUCUAUUUUGAAUUAUUUAAUUUCAACAUACGUGAAGCUAUGGACAGUUAUUUUGAAGUGAACAAGAGACAUUAUGGCAGGCAUUGUUGAUUUUCCUGUUGUCUGGUUUUGAAGGCCUGUAAUGCCUUCAUCACUGUUCUGAUCAGUUUAAUCCUAUUUUGUUUUGUAUGAAUUCAUUGUGUGUAAAGAUACAGACACCUAUUUAGAAGAAAACAAGAGACAUUAUGGUAGCCACUGUAGAUCUCCUGUUGUCUUGCUUUGAAAUCUGUGUCACUAACAUUGUUUUCUUCUGAUCUGCUUUGUUCUGUUUUGUUUAGUUUUACCCUCUUUAAAGUAAAAAAAUAGUAGAAAGUGAAAGUAAUCCAGGUGUGCAUCUGAUGACUAAUACAUAAACAAAAUGCAGUUUAUCUGUGAAACAGUAUUAUGUCAUUACCAGGAGGUCUGAAGCUCUGAUACAUGCUACAAUGUGGAUAAACCUCAAACAACGCUCAGCACAAAAAGACAUUUAUGUUUUAAGAUGGUGAAUUUUAGGACAUAAAGUUAUUUCUCAAGGUUACUUUUUAAAAAAGAAAUGUCUCAGAAACUAUAGAUACAUCUAUGAAAGAGAGGAAAAAUCCAGAAGAGAGAAUGGGAGGAAGGCGCAUCAUCUGCAAAAGAAAGAUAAAGUGUUCAUCUCAAAGAAAAGAUAACCCAAGCAACAGACGGAAAGUCCCCGCAGCGUUGGUUGUGCUAUAGAACACUGACACUGCCUCCUUCUAUUCCGCAAAAGCACCAGCCUCACCGUGUGGCAGACACCUUCUGAGGCUUUGGAGACACAGCAAUGUGUAGGUUCUUCCUUUGUGGAGAAUAUAUUCUUCUGUACAGUAAUACCAGUAUGAAGAUCUUGGAGCCAUUGAACUUCUCCCUCACAGGGGGAAAUUAAUUUGUCCUCACAGACAGACACAUACUCGGGUAUGCUAGGAAAGCUCUGUACUACUGAGAUGUAUCCCAGCCCUGUUAUUUUCUAAUGUAAGUAUUUAAUGCUGCAAGUGCCCCUCUAAGCUUUUUGAGGUACAUUUCCAAAAUUCUGUUGUGUAUAAUUAAAAACAUUUUAUAAUUCCACUUUUAACUUCCUCUCGGACCCAAGGGGUAUGUUAAAAUGUAUUUUUAAUUUCCAAAUGCAUGAGGAUUUUCAAGAUCUAUUCUUGCAAUUAGUUUCUGGUUGAAUUUCAUUGUGAUCAAAGAAUAAAGUUUUAUUAUUUUAAAUCUCUUAAA